UCCCAAGUUUAGUUUUGGAAACAAACCAAAAGUUCUGGCGUCUAGAUACCACUUAUCGCGAGCUAUUCAAAGAUCAAUCCGGACGGUUGUGAGGUUUCAAUAUGACUCUGUGAUUCUUUUCUAGAGUGGGUCAUGUGUAAAAAAGAAAAAGAAAAAGGAGCAUUGUUUUCUCUCGGGGAGAAUUUGAUUUCAUUCUUCGACGCUAUCUGCAUUAAAUAGUUGUAUUCUAUUUACGAUUCCACGUUGCUCAUUUUCUGCAUUUCUAUAUCAAGGAAUUUUUUUUUUGGUGAAGGCAUAAUCUUUGCUAAUGAGCUGUUAGCCUGUUACUUCGGUGAGCUAUUUUGGUCGAAAUUUUGGCAAGCAACCAAACUCAAAACAGUAGCAUUACUCCACUCCAGCAAUUCCGAAAAAGGACUUGGCGCCACCUCACCUCUCAAGAAAGCAAAUUGAAAAUUGGGCUGCUGAUAUCAUGUGAUUCUGCACAAGCUUGCACAUCUCGCAUUGCAAGUGUUUGUCGAAUUGCCAAUGAAACAGGAACCCCUAUGGCUGCUUACAAAAAACUCGUCUUCGGCUCUUUUUCCGAUCUCAAUCGUGUCAUUUUGAGAACAAUUCACAUAUCAAAAUGCUCAGCAUCUACUCUAUCUAGAUUCAAUAGCACAAGGGAAAAUGAUGGCUUUUGGUUGCGAAGAUUAGACCAUAAAGACUGGCUUGCACCCAAUGAAGUCCUCAAAAUUUUCAUGCAUUUGAGAGACCCUCAACUUAUCAUAGGUGCAUUCGAUAAAGCCUCAGCUCGUAUUGAUUACAAACCCAGCGAGGCUCUAUACAGUUUACUCAUCGACAAACUUGCCCGUGCAAAAAAAUUCGACGCCAUCGAGCCUCUACUAGAAAAGGCAAAGCAAGAGAAAUGCAGGCUUUCUGAUGAUUUCUUCCAUCAGGUAAUCAAAAUUUACGGGCAUGUAGCGGCCAAUCUAGAACAAGCCAUCAGAACACUUCAAAGAAUGCCAGAGUUCCAUUGUUGGCCGACAAUUAAAACCUUCAAUUGUGUUCUUAAUAUGCUUGUGAAUAAUAAACAGUUUGAUACUGUACAUGAGGUUUUCUUGAGCGCUCCUAAGUUGGGUAUUGCUUUAGAUACCUGCUGCUUUAACAUUCUCAUCAAGGGUUUGUGCAAUUGGAAUAAGCUCGAUGCUGCAUUUUUGUUGCUCGAUGAGAUUUCAAAGCACAAGCGUCGACCGAAUGUUACUACUUAUUCGACGUUGAUGCAUUCAUUAUGUAAACAUGGGAGAGUUGAUGAAGCAUUUGAGUUAUGCGACAGAAUGGAAAGAGAGAAAUGUUAUCCUGACACAGUAAUGUUUAAUGUUUUGAUUUCGGGUCUUUGCAAGCAAAGGAGGGUUAGAGAGGGGAUCGAGCUCUUAAAGGGAAUGAAGCUUAAGGGAUGUUAUCCGAACUCUGGGAGCUAUCAAGCGCUUGUUUAUGGUUUGGUUGAAUCGAAAAUGUUUGCAGAGGCUAAAGAUAUUAUGUUUGUGAUGGUCUCUGAAGGCUUUUGCCCGAGUUUUUUGUCGUAUAAAUUGGCUAUUGAGGGUUUUUGUAGUGAGAAGCUUCUAGAAGAUGUUGAUAUGGUUUUGAAGCAGAUGGUGAUGCAGGGGUUUGUUCCAAGGAUGGGAACAUGGAAGAAGGUUGUUCAAUGCUUGUUUCACGAGAUGGAGUGCUCUUAUUCUCUGAGUUCACAUAUUGAUGAACUAAUUGUGUCUUUAGAUUAGAAUCUCAAUAAAAGAGACUUGGAUCAGCGUUCGAUUUGGUUUUUUACUUGAUUCUUAUUUAUGUAGAAUCACCUUUAAAAAGUUUUGUCUCGUGUCCUGUAUUCUUGUUAGAUUUGAGGCUAUAUAACCCAUGACGCACCUCUAAAGCUAA